CGCUGAUGCGGGCUGCUUGGGGGCCUCCGCCGCCGGAGAGACUAGACGCUUUCCUUUCUUUUUUUUUUCUUUUUUUUCACCCCCUCUUUUCUUUCUUUUUUUCCCUCCUCUCAUGUGUUCACUUCCGGGUCCGGGGCCGCUCCGGAUGCUCGAGGCCGAAGGAUGUUUGACCUCCGGAUAAGCGAGGCGCCGCCGUGCAUUCAUUCCCGGUUGCAUCGGUGGCCACAGCCGCGGCCCGGACGGCGACUCGGCCCUCAGCGGCGGCAGUAGGAGGUGCCGGCGGCGGCGCGCGGAGGCAGUAGACGCAGACCCGUCCUUCCCUCGCUCGCGCCUUCCUUCCCCGGCCUCGUUCAUCUUCCGCGGCCGCCGGCGGCGGGGAUGUGCCGGCGCUGACGGGCGGACGCGCGCGCCGGGCCGAGCCCGCUGCCCGCGGCCGCGCCUCUGAGAUCUCUGUCAGCACCAGCUUACAUUAAUCACCGAGAAGAUAAUUUUGAAGACAUAUUUUGCUGAGCAGACGACUGAGAAGUUGGCCGAAUGGGAUGAACACGCGUCACUUGACUGACUAUCCACUGAAGUGUGAGUGCUGACGCUGCUCAUAGGGUUCUGCUACCUAGUGAUGCGCCUGCUCUUCCAGUACCCCAUUUCAUCCUGCUUGUCUUGAUUAAAGAAUUCAAAGUGGAGUACCGCAAACUUGAUAUGGAUAAUAAAAAGAAAGACAAGGACAAAUCAGAUGAUAGAAUGGCACGGCCCAGUGGUCGAUCAGGGCACAGCACUCGAGGAACUGGGUCUUCUUCAUCUGGAGUUUUAAUGGUUGGACCUAAUUUUAGAGUUGGGAAAAAAAUCGGAUGUGGCAAUUUUGGCGAAUUACGAUUAGGGAAAAAUUUAUACACAAAUGAAUAUGUGGCGAUUAAACUGGAGCCCAUGAAAUCCAGAGCACCACAGCUGCAUUUGGAAUACAGAUUCUAUAAGCAGUUAGGAUCUGGAGAUGGUAUACCUCAAGUUUACUAUUUUGGCCCUUGUGGUAAAUACAAUGCUAUGGUGCUGGAACUGCUGGGACCUAGUUUGGAAGAUUUGUUUGACCUCUGCGAUAGAACGUUUUCUCUAAAAACAGUUCUCAUGAUAGCGAUACAGCUGAUUUCUCGUAUGGAGUAUGUCCACUCAAAGAACUUGAUAUACAGAGAUGUGAAACCUGAGAACUUCCUGAUAGGACGGCCGGGAAACAAAGCCCAGCAAGUCAUUCAUAUCAUAGAUUUUGGGUUGGCAAAGGAAUAUAUUGAUCCAGAGACAAAGAAACAUAUACCAUACCGAGAACACAAAAGCCUUACCGGAACAGCCAGAUACAUGAGCAUAAACACACAUCUAGGGAAAGAGCAGAGCAGAAGAGAUGAUUUAGAAGCUUUAGGCCAUAUGUUCAUGUACUUCCUGAGAGGCAGUCUUCCUUGGCAAGGCUUAAAGGCUGACACAUUAAAAGAGAGGUAUCAGAAAAUCGGAGACACGAAGCGAGCCACACCGAUAGAAGUAUUGUGUGAAAACUUUCCAGAAGAAAUGGCAACAUAUCUUCGUUACGUACGAAGGCUAGAUUUUUUUGAAAAGCCAGAUUAUGAUUACCUAAGAAAACUUUUUACUGACUUGUUUGAUCGCAAAGGGUAUAUGUUUGAUUAUGAAUAUGACUGGAUUGGUAAACAGUUGCCUACUCCAGUAGGUGCAGUUCAGCAAGACCCCGCUCUGUCAUCGAACAGAGAAGCACACCAACACAGAGAUAAGAUACAGCAGUCUAAAAACCAGGUUGUAAGUUCUACAAAUGGAGAGCUAAACACGGAUGACCCCACGGCAGGACGGUCAAACGCACCCAUUACAGCCCCUACAGAAGUAGAAGUGAUGGAUGAAACCAACUGCCAGAAAGUAUUGAAUAUGUGGUGCUGCUGUUUUUUCAAACGAAGGAAAAGGAAAACCAUACAACGUCACAAAUGACUGGACACAGACAGAUCCUGGGGAGUUACUUACAUGUUCAUAUGCUGUCUUGUGAUUAAAAUCAUCUCUAUAGUGACCACAUAUAUUUUCAAGGACUCACUCUUGAAACAAAAAUGUCAUACUUUCAUAUUUCAUUUUGUGGUUGUCUUACAUUCAUUCCCCCCCACCCCUAAUUUAACUUUAUGGAAGCUUUAAAAUUUUGUCAAAAUGUGAGUGCUUUGCCCAUCGUUGAAUGGAAUGGACCAAUGACGUGGUAUUGAUGAACACAGUUCCAUAGGACAUUGUUCAGAAGCUCUUCUGUUCUAGAAAACAAUACAGGUGUCCAAAUGUCAAUUAAUUGUACCUAAUUUGAUUUCUUUAUGUCUUCUAUAAAAGCAUAAUCAAACAGGAAUUUUCUUCCCACUGGAUAGUGCAGCAGAGAAAACAGUUGCCCAAAUAUUAAAAACAACUUUCUUGAACAGUUCCUGUUUUGUGGCAUCUGCAUUGAUUUCAGUAUGACUGAUGGUACUGUUAUUCAUGAAUCAUAUUGACAUUCUCUCUGUGAAAUCAUGGUACAGUCAUGCCCAGAGGUACUGAGGAAAAAGCACUAUGGGAUUGGCAAACUGUGGCGGUAAAUAAAUCAGCAGUGUUGGACAUGCGAGCUCGGCUUCUGUGGCGCCACUGUGUGAAGUGCAGCUGCAGAAGAAGCAGAAGCACCAGGAACAUUUGUUUAAUGCCACUCUGCUUCCAGAUGGUAAUAUGAUAGAUGGCAGAAGUGAGUACUGGAGAAGUAAUGUAUGUUAGAGAGGAUAAAAAUGUGAAACUUGUUUCAGUGUGUAAGGCUGGAGCCCCUUAAGAGCCUACUGCUCAAUGGUCACAUUUCUCUCAGAAGCAGAAACCUGAGUACGUGCCAUCCAGUGUUGGCUGCUUGUGAUGUUGUUCUUCAAUUAAAGAAAAGAGUCAUACUCCCAGCAAUAAGCACUGGGUCACUGUUGCCCUCUGUGCACAUUAGUCUCUUGUAUUCAGCGUUGCUACUUCUCUGGAGUUCCCUGUCUUGAGCAUAAUAUUGACGAUUGGAGAAUGUUCUGGAAAGGGUGGGCUGGGUGCUUUGCCUCCAUAGCUUUCACAGUGCCUGCAUAUGAACAGUGUAGCAGUUCUGUUAUUAGCCAAGUCCAUUCCACUUUGCAAGUGUGCUUUGUUUUACACCAUAAAGACACAGGUAUACUUUCUGUCUCAUCCUGUCAGCCAGGUUGUCGAGAGUUAAAGACUGGCUAGAAAGAUGCUGUUGAUCAUAUCACAAUUCAUCUUUUACUUAGAAAAUUGUUGUUCCUUCCAUGCACUCUCUUCUCUGUAUUGUGAGCCUUCAGGUAUGCUUAUUUAUUUAUUUUUUUUGUCUCAAGGUAACAUUUAAAAUAUGUAUUAAAGGAAAUGAAUCCACAUUUUUUACUUCAUUAUUGAAUUUACAGGUAUUUAAUUGUAUUUUGUAAUUUAUUUUUCUUAUUAGCCAAAAGUUCAAUGUGUUGCUUUUGAUAAAUUGGGCACCCACAUGAACAUCCCAAAUCAGGACAUUGUUUAUCUUUUUUCUUGAUUUUGAAGACCUACACUCAACUGAGAAAACAUGCGCUGUAUAAUUUGAUCAGCAGUUUCCAUUCUGUUUGUAUACUGUCAUGAUAUCUAAACUGCAGGAGUUACAUACUGAGUUUUUUUUAUUUUGUUUGCUUUGAGCAAGGUAGAUGGAUAUUUUGGCCAUUUAUAAUGUGAAACCACUUCUUUACAGUAUUUGACCAAAUUUGUGUGUCUAUGAUAUUUGUAAAUACAUGCAAUAUCUGUAUUUCUUAUCAUAAACCUAUUUAGUUUUAUUCUCAGUAGGGUUUUUUGGACUGUACAGUGUUUAUAUGAUCUGAAGUCCUUAUACAUAAGAAGGUGUGUAUAUUAAUCCAAUUAUGGACUUAAAUAUUUUAAAAGUAUGAAUACCCUUAUUUGCUGCAAAGGCCAGUGUGUAGACAUUUGCUUUUUAGCAAUAUUUUUAAGUGCUCCAUUUUAGUGCUGGAGAAUAAGUCUUUGGCACACAGACUGGUCAGUAAUAGGUAAUGCAGGUAUGUUCAGGUUAAGCCAACAAUGUUUUGCAUUUUUAUGCUUCUUUUCUGUCAACACUAAUGAAAUCAACAUUGCCUGAAUGUCUGAAUACUGAAACACAGCCCUGUUUAAAAGUAUGUAACUGAAAAAGAAAUAAAUAAAGGUAGUUUUUUUAAA